AUGGAAAACAAUCACUGGUGCUAUUGGCUGCCAUUGGCUGCCAAUGGUAUAUCGCCAGUCGAGGCCGCAGUGGAUCUGCAAAGGGGUCGCAAUGAGGUGGGAACGGUAGAAAGGUGGAAAGAGGGCGAGAGCAGCGGAAAGCAUAAUAUCGUCUGGCGGUGGCGCGCGUUUGCACUGCAUGCGGUCACUCCCCUUGAUCACCCUCGACACACCUCCAUUUCACCUCUCCUCCGCCCAGCACUCCGAGACUUCAGCCCUUUCUACCUUGACUCUCUCCCAAUCACACUAUCCCGGCUUUCAUUCGGUGCCCCAUGGGACUGGUACUGGCCCAACAGCUUCAUCGCCAACUGGCCUCGAAUCUCGGAGAUUGGGCACCCUCACGCCUCGACUCUUAAUCUCAAGCCCGCCUCAGACGGCCUUUCCAUUCAUGCAAGUACCGUCAAGCUGGUGAAUGUACUGCUUGCGGGAACCACGCUCGGCUCGACCCAACCUUUUACCAUGUCUGACCCGCAACGAGAGGGUGAGGAGCCGGCCCAGACCCCCACGACGCCGCUGCGCAGGGAGCGCGCACCCACCAUCACCAUCGAUACCUCCGCGGUGAACUCCCCCGAUAGCACCCGGUCGGCCGUUCAGAUUCUUUCGGGUCCCGUGCAACCGUCGCUCCAUCUGGCCACCGACACAAUCGAGUCGCAUGACUCGGGCGCGCACUACAAUGGCUCCGGCUCCCCCACGGACAUGAGGUCCCCGGCCUCGCUCCGCUCCAAUGCCUCAUCGGAAGCUCGAGAUCGCGAAAGCCGGCCCACCUCGCCGCAUAACAUCUCGUCCCCCAAAUCCAAGGUACCCGAGGCGCAUUCCCAUUUCUUAUCGGUCCCCGGCACGAGGUCACGCGGCAAUUCGCUGGAGUCCGAGGAUACAAGCCAAACAUCCAGCACCUACGGCGGAGAUACCUUUGUGCCCGCGGCCUCGCACGGAUCCAACGUCGAUUUGAUAAAAAAUGCCAACAACAGCGAUGACGAGGACGCACUCACUCCAGACCCGGGCCGGGAAGACGAAUUCGAGGUGGAGAAUAAUAAGUUUGCCUUCUCGCCUGGUCAGCUCAAUAAGCUCCUGAACCCCAAGAGUUUCGGCGCAUUCCGUCAACUGGGUGGAUUGCGGGGACUGGAAAAGGGCUUGCGGACCGAUGUUCGGAGUGGGCUGAGUGUGGAUGAGUCUACAUUGGAGGGGGGUGUGGAGUUUGCCGAUGCGACUACAACGGAAUCGAUGCCCAAGUCAGCCUCGCCAACCGGACCAACCCCAGCAACUACAGAAGGAGGAGAAACUAAGUCAGAAUCCGACGAGUCAUUUGUGGACCGGAAGCGGGUUUAUGGAGUGAACAAGCUGCCGGAGAGGAAAUUGAAGACAAUUUGGGAAUUGGCAUGGAUUGCAUACAAUGACAAAGUGCUGAUCCUGUUGACGAUUGCCGCUGCUGUCUCCCUGGCUGUGGGUAUCCCGCAGUCACUGCACCCGGCAGACCCCAAUGAGCCGGGCGUGGAGUGGGUGGAAGGUCUUGCCAUUCUCGUUGCCAUUAUCAUUGUGGUUACUGUUGGCGCUGCAAAUGAUUGGCAGAAGGAACGACAAUUUGCCAAGCUGAACAAGAAAAAGGAGAACAGACUGGUCCAAGUGAUACGAUCCGGGAAGACCAUUGAGAUCUCGAUUCACGACGUGCUUGUCGGCGACGUCAUGCAUCUCGAACCCGGUGACAUGGUACCCGUCGAUGGUAUCCUCAUUGACGGUCAUGAUGUUAAAUGCGAUGAAUCUUCGGCCACCGGUGAAUCAGACCUUUUGCGAAAGACCCCUGGCGACGAAGUCUACCGAACACUCGUGCAACACGAAGACCUCCGUAAGAUGGACCCCUUUAUUGUGUCUGGUGCAAAAGUAUCCGAAGGCGUGGGGACAUUCCUGGUUACUGCCGUCGGUGUACAUACCACUCACGGCCGGACAAUGAUGUCUCUUCAGGAGGAGGGCGAAACAACUCCGCUGCAAACCAAGUUGAACAAGCUGGCCGAAUACAUUGCCAAGCUUGGUCUGGCUGCUGGUCUUCUUCUGUUCGUUGUGCUCUUCAUCAAAUUCCUCGUGCGCCUCAAGGACAUGGAUGGCGGCGCGGACACAAAGGGACAGGCUUUCCUGCAGAUCUUCAUCGUCGCUGUUACUAUUGUUGUCGUUGCCGUACCCGAGGGUCUACCAUUGGCAGUAACUCUUGCACUCGCUUUUGCAACGACACGGAUGAUCAAAGACAACAAUCUGGUCCGCUUUCUCAAAGCAUGCGAGACUAUGGGCAAUGCGACAACUAUCUGUUCUGACAAGACUGGGACCCUGACCCUCAACAAAAUGAGCGUUGUUUCUGCUACCCUGGGAACCACAUCUCGAUUCGGAGAUAAGUCUGGCUCCGACCAGUCCGAGGAUCCCUCUGCUUCUGAAUUCGUUUCUGCGCUGUCGCCAUCUGUCAAGGACCUACUGCUGCAGUCUAUCGUCCUUAACUCCACCGCAUUCGAGGGAGAGCAGGAAGGCGUGAAGACGUUUAUUGGUUCUAAGACGGAGACCGCCCUUUUGUCCUUCGCACGCGACUAUCUCGGCAUGGGAGCCCCGGCUGAGGCCAGAGCCAAUGCAAAACUCGCGCAGAUGUUCCCGUUCGACUCGGCCCGCAAGUGCAUGGCAGUGGUCGCGCAGAUGGAGAACGGCAAGUAUCGGAUGCUGGUCAAGGGUGCUGCAGAGAUCUUGAUGAACAAGUCAACUCGGAUCAUUCGUGAUCCCACCGAUGCUCUAGCUGAGGCUCCGCUGUCGGACGAGGACCGGUCCACGCUGGACAAUACAAUCGUUAGCUACGCUUCGCGUUCGCUGCGGUGCAUUGCCCUUGUAUACCGUGAAUUUGACCAAUGGCCACCCCGCGGAGCGCCUACAUCCGAAUCAGAUCGCAGCCAGGCAGUCUUCGAGCCCCUUUUCAAGGACAUGACGGUUCUUGGCCUUGUCGGUAUCCAAGACCCGGUUCGACCUGGUGUUGCGGAAGCAGUGCACACAUGCCAGCGCGCUGGUGUCUUCGUCCGCAUGGUCACCGGUGACAAUAUCCUGACGGCCAAGGCCAUCGCUGAAGAGUGUGGUAUCUAUACGCCGGGGGGCAUUGCUAUUGAAGGCCCCAAGUUCCGCAAGCUGAGCACGCGUCAAAUGAAUCAGAUCCUCCCUCGACUCCAGGUCAUUGGCCGGUCAAGCCCUGAAGACAAAAAGAUCCUCGUGAAUGCUCUGAAGAAGCUUGGAGAGACUGUUGCAGUUACUGGUGAUGGUACCAAUGACGCCCAGGCGUUAAAGAACGCCGAUGUUGGUUUCGCGAUGGGUGUCACUGGCACUGAAGUGGCCAAGGAGGCAUCGGAUAUUAUCUUGAUGGAUGACAACUUUGCAUCUAUUGUCAAGGCCAUGGCAUGGGGCCGCACGGUCAGCGACGCAGUGAAAAAGUUCCUCCAAUUCCAAAUCACGGUCAAUAUCACUGCUGUAAUUCUCACCUUUGUCUCGGCGGUUGCUAGCAGCACGGAAGAUUCGGUUCUCAGUGCGGUGCAACUUCUGUGGGUCAACCUGAUCAUGGAUACCUUUGCCGCCCUUGCACUCGCAACAGACCCGCCAUCGCCUUAUGUUCUUGAUCGCCGACCGGAAUCAAAAGCGUCGCCCCUUAUCACCACCACCAUGUGGAAGAUGAUUAUUGGACAGUCGAUCUACCAGCUGGUUGUGACAUUUGUGCUGAACUUUGCUGGAAAGUCCAUCUUCCCCUGGGAUGAUGGUCAUAUGCAAACAGUGGUCUUCAACACCUUCGUCUUCAUGCAGAUUUUCAACCAAUACAAUUCUCGCCGCAUUGAUAAUAAGCUUAAUAUCAUGGAGGGCAUCUGGCGCAACAAAUGGUUUAUUGGCAUCCAGGUCAUCAUUAUUGGAGGUCAAGUCCUGAUCAUCUUCAUCGGUGGCGCAGCCUUCUCUGUGAAGCGCCUCGACCAGGGCUCCCAGUGGGCUGUCAGUCUUGUGCUUGGAGCUCUCUCGGUCCCUAUCGCCGUGGUCAUCCGCCUUAUCCCCGAUGAAUUUGCCAGCAAACUCGUCCCGCACUUCUGGUACCCCCGCCAGCACAAGAAGGGACCUGAACUCGUCGUCUCAGACGAAGACCGCCGCUAUGAGUGGAACCCGGCUUUGGAAGAAAUUCGUGACCAGCUGCAGUUCCUCAAGGCUGUCCGCGGUGGUCGGCUGCGACACCUCCGCCACAAGCUGCAGAACCCGCAGGAAUUCCUACCCCGUUCUCGCAGCGGAUCUCGCUCGCGCGAGUCUUCCGCUCCGCCCACGCCAAACGGUGACAAUGGCAGCCCGCCUCCUGGCCCGUCGACCCCCGAGUCCCGGUCCCGCCGCAACACCCGGUCCCGCUCUAACUCAACCUUUGGCCCCGCUGCUGCUAUGGCCGGUAUCGUGGCUGGGAGCAUUGCUGGAUGGUCUCCCAUUGAGCGGAAUCACGACGAGGCGGACUCGAUCAUGUUCUCGACCAGCGCUGUGCAUGGCGGUUUGGACCAGCAGCAAGGUAUUGAAAUUCACCCCGACACUGCACCUGACGACCGCGUGGUCAGCGAGUAUUCUGCCAACUCCAAGACACCACCCAGCCAGAACCCGGACCUCAUCCCCUUCUUCGAACAUGCGCCUCCCGCUACUGCGACUACAGAGCGAGCACCGUCCAGCCGGAGUCGCCGAUCUCUUUCUCAGCGAUCUCGCUCAAGUCAAAGCCAUUCGCAGGUUUAA